CUCAACUUGAGAACAGUGAAAGGGCAGUGAUUUGCAAUGCGCGCUGUCACUCGUUCUUCUUUGGGUAAAAUGCUGCGGGCCCGUCAGUAGUUGUUUGCAGUUGGUACUACUAGCCUAUUUGAGUUUUUAACUGGAAAUCUCUUGUAGCUGUAUGUUUUUUUGUGUGGAGAAAUACACUUACAGAGUGGUGUAGAUAUGCGCGUUGUUAUGUGUGCAAGCGUGGCCUUUGGAAACAGCAGAAAGAAGUUUUCUUUUACUGGAGAUUCCGAUAGCUAACAUAAUAUUGUUGAAGAGAACUUUAGCCUACAUAAGCAGCCUACAAGACUACACAACUAAUUCAUUUUUUGAGUCACCUGGAUUAAUUUGGUCAAGAUUUACAGUUUGGAAGUCCGUGAAAUUUAGGGGUUCUUAGCCUAUACUAGGGCCUACUUUGUUUUGUUGUAACUUUUUUCGGACACAAGAUUUUUCAUAAAUUCAUUGGGAUAAUGGAUCCGAGCCAGCACAAUCCGCCUGCGGGCCACCAAAUCGUCCAUGUCCGGGGGGAUUCUGAAACAGAUUUGGAGGCACUUUUCAACGCCGUGAUGAACCCGAAAAAUACAAUCGUACCCCCUUCUGUACCUAUGAGGAUGAGGAAGCUGCCAGACUCUUUUUUUAAACCACCGGAGCCCAAGUCUCAUUCCAGACAAGCCAGCACAGACGCAGGCACUGCAGGCGCUCUCACCCCCCAGCAUGUCCGUGCCCACUCGUCCCCUGCCUCCCUGCAGCUUGGAGCAGUCCCCUCUGGCUCCCUUGCCAGCAUGGCCCCUGCAGGGGCCCCCCCUCAGCACCUCCGCCAGUCCUCAUAUGAGAUCCCUGAUGACGUGCCCCUGCCCCCCGGGUGGGAAAUGGCAAAGACAGCCUCAGGACAGAGAUACUUCCUCAAUCACCUUGACCAGUCCACCACCUGGCAGGACCCUCGCAAAGCCCUUCUCCAGAUGAACCAGGCUGCGCCUGCCAGCCCUGUGCCAGUACAGCAACAGAACAUUAUGAGCCCAGCCACUGGUCCUCUCCCUGAUGGCUGGGAACAGGCCAUUACCUCAGAGGGUGAGAUAUACUACAUCAACCACAAGAACAAAACCACCUCUUGGUUGGACCCAAGACUCGACCCACGCUUUGCUCUAAACCCUCAGCGUAUCACCCAGAGUGCCCCAGUGAAGCAGGGCGGCCCACUGCCCACCAGCCCCCAGACUGGAGUCAUGGGAGGUAAUAGCCAGAUGAGGCUGCUGCAGAUGGAGAAGGAGAGGCUGAGAUUGAAACAGCAGGAGCUGCUUCGACAGAGGCCCCAGGAGCUGGCUCUGAGGAACCAGCCUCCGACCAGCAUGGAGCAGGACGGAGGCCCCCCCAACCCUGUGUCCUCGCCUGGGAUGGCCCAGGAUGCCAGAACCAUGACGGCUAACAGUACUGACCCAUUUCUCAACAGCGGGACCUACCACUCCAGAGAUGAAAGCACAGACAGCGGGCUGAGCAUGAGCAGCUACAGUGUCCCUCGCACUCCUGACGACUUCCUCAACAGUGUUGAUGAGAUGGACACAGGAGAUUCUCUUCCAGCCUCUUUGGCAUCGCAGACAAGCCGUUUCCCGGACUACCUUGAUGCCAUUCCGGGCACAGACGUCGACCUGGGAACCCUGGAGAGCGAGAGCAUGGUGGUGGAGGGUGAGGAGCUGAUGCCAAGCCUGCAGGAGGCCCUAAGCUCCGACAUUCUCAAUGACAUGGAGUCUGUGCUGGCAGCCACCAAGAUUGACAAGGAGAGCUUCCUCACAUGGUUAUAGAGAAAGCCACUGUCCUCACUCUCCGACGCUCUGAUCUGCUGCCUUCUCUCCAACCUGUGAAGGAUGCCUGAUGCUUCUAAGACUUUUCAGCAGCCCUUUCCCAGACAUCUCUCUCUGUUUCGCCAUACGAGGCCAAACUCUGUAGAGUCAGCGGCCCUUCUCGUCUGUCUUUUUUUUUUCUAGUUUACUUUCUUAUAUCUCUUUUAUUUGUCUGUGUCUUCAAGGCUGGCCCAUGAACAGACAAUUAUUCAAGGGUCCCCAAAUCUUUCACAUGGCUGUCCAUACAAUCCAUCUUGGGUGCCCCUACCCCCCUUCCAUAGAUGAGCUGGGCGUGUGCAUGUACUUUUCAGACGGGAUCUCCAUCUUCAUCUGGAGCCUCUGGUGCCUCAUUGUUUUGAAGUACAGUGUUAAGCAGCAAUACUUUACUGUGUUUGAGACUAUUGCUUCUAGCUCAAAAAACAAACAUUUUAACUUUGGCCUUUUACACUUAAGACCUUACUUUUUUCUGUCUUUUUUUUGGAGCCUGAGAAACCAAAAAUGAUGUAUCUGAAGUGAAUAGAACAAUACUGAUUUGGAAUUAAGGUAACAUGAGACCCAGUGAGGACGAGCUGUCUCUUGGGGGGAUUGCGGUGGAGGCUGGAGCCUGGGGGACCUACAUAACUGCUUGGCUGUGCCAGCGAGUCUAAGUUAAUCCUUUGUCAAAUCAAGUGCCUUCAGUUGUAUUUUUUGAGAGAGGAGCGAAGCAAAGCAUUACCAAGUUUCUGUACUGCAGCAUGAAGCAGUAGAGAAGAGGCUGCAUUGUGAACACCAACCACACUCUCCAUUACCUACACUAAUGAUCAAUAAUCAAAAGUAUAUUUCUGUUUUAUAAAACAUAUUAUAAUGGAACUGACGGAUCUUUUUGUAAUGAACCUCAGCUCAUUUGUAUUUCAGACUUAUUUGAGGCUGAUUCUGUCUUGUUUUAUCUAAAGAAUAUUGUAUGUUAGGUUAUUACAUGUGUUAUAGAUCAGACUGCUUCUUUGCUGAUACUUGUUUUUAGGUGGAUUUAUACAUGUUAACAGGGUCACCUUUCAGCACAUCACAGCAACAGAUUUUAUUCACCGAGAGGGAAUUUUCCGAUUUGCAAAUUACAAACUUUGUUUCCACAUAAACAGUUCUAUAUGACUUUAGUAAUAUUGUACCCAUAUAUAUCGCGUUGUAUCCCUGUUGUGCUAUAAUAUGCUUCAAAAUGAACCAAAAUAAGAAACUAAAAACAAAAAAACAAACAAAUGCACUUGGAUCCAUAAGAAGUCUUAACAACAGGGAAUGAGUGACAUUGCAUGUAACAUGUUAGACGGAUGUAUCUUGCUGGCCUGUGCCAUUCUGUGCUGUGCUGAAAGGAAGAGGCUGCUCACAGAUGAUGGUUAGGACAUGUUUUAGCUGGUCAGAGGAGGGUGAUAUGAGGGUUAGAGAAGUAGAGUAGAAGUUAGCCAGUGUUUGGUCGGUAAAUGGUGAGUUACACAGACUGUAUGAAAUGAAAUGGAAAAAAAUAUCAAAAACAAUCAGCUAUGAUUUCAGUCAGGAAUUGUUGUGACAGAUUCCAAAGAGUUUUUUUGUUGUAUGUUCGUUUGUUUUUGUCAUGAUUCUCUCACGUAUCAUCUCCCUUUUUGAACAACAGACAAAAUUAUUUGAUUUGUUAACUUGUGUAAGCCUAAAUGUAUAAGCUAAUGAGAAAAUGAUGUACAGUGGAAUUUAAGUUUUUUGAUGGAGACGUGAGUAAAUCUAGCUAAGAGAGCUCAUUUGUAGAUGUGAUGGUGGUAUUGACUGACUAACACGGUGAGUUGUAGAACAGAAAUAGUAUGGUUCUUCCAGAGUGCUUGUUGUGUCACAUGUUGUUUACAUUCUUUUGGAUCUAGAGGACACUACAGCAAAGUUAAGUACAUUUAAAUUCUAAUAGAUGCGGAUUCUAGUUGCUUUUUCUUCCUCAUCAGAAUAUGUGCAUUAUUAGAUGUUUACAGUAUGAGUACACUAUCAAAAUGUGUAUAUAGCAGAUCAGCAAUUUACAGCCUUCUCUGGAUGUUUUUUUACCCAGUAACAUCUAGUGACUUGUGACAUUGAAUGCAUUGUCAGUUGAUGUUAACUGCAAAGAUGCGGUGUCAACUUUACAGAACAAAUGUACAGAUCGGAGACAGAUUGUGUUAUCGUGGGAAUUGACAACUGAUUCUGAUUAAGACUUUUCCACUCAGAUUAUAUUUAUCUUGCAUCAAGUAUGUUGCUGGUGGCUAAAGAUGGACAAACAGUGUUGGUGUGUGCAAAAUGCAACUAAAGUUACUUUUUAAAGAUGGUGGUACAGUACACUACAGUGCUUAUAUUGCACGACUACAGAAUUUUAACUAUAAAUGAUGUAUUCGUCACAGAAACCAUGAUUCUAUGCUUAGUUAGCGUGUUAUUGUCUGAAUAUUGUAGCUGUUUACUGUCUUUGUAGAAGUAGAACUAAUCACACAAGUUAAAGGAUUGGUAUUUAGAUAUUUCUAAAUGCACAUGAAAUGACUUUAUAUUCAGCAUUGAUGAUCUGUUAAUUUUUGAUAGAUACAUAUGUGCAUGUAUUUUAGAACCAUAAAUUCUGUUACAUUAUAUCUCUUUAUAUAAUACUUUUAAAUUGGCCUGAAAUAAAGUAUAUACUUUGUUAUUGUUGUCUUGUGACAUUCUACACACUGCUUGACCUAACAGCAGCUCACAACAAAGAUACAUUAUUUGUAUAAUCAAACUCGUCUCAAAUAAAGAUGUGUUUAUUGUA